GUUUUAAAUGCCAUGCAUAUGUGGGCUUAUAACUGUUAGGUCGCCGCCCUGAGCAUGCCCUUCGUCGCGCACGUGGUUUAUCGCAAAAAUUGCUUUUUAAUCGUGCAAACGUUUCUAAUGGUGAAAACCUUGGAUGGUAUGCAAGCCACGCGUCGUAUAGCGCAAGACCAACCACCGACGCUGGCCCUGUCACUACACCGUUGUCCAUCCCUUUGCAAGUAGCUGAAGACAAGCUUUGACAGUCAUCUGCUUCUAUUGCGCCGUGCCAUGAACCACGGCACCCGAGGCCUUGUCAGCUCAGCUGGCACAUGGCCCGGACAUUCCUGGCUGGCCAGGCGCUGGCGCCGCGCUAGAGUCCAAUUGAAGCGGGCGCUACGUGGACAUGGCCCCUCUUCCAACCUUCGAGCCCAAUACGGCAUGCGCUUGCUGGUGUCCUGCGCAGCUGCUGCCGGCAUUCCAGGCAUGCCGGAUGCUGGCGGGUCACAGCAGGAACCCGACCCGGCCGACACGGGACCUGGCGCAAACGGCGACAAGAAGAGGGAAAGGUGGACGCCUAAAUCUGGAACCGAUUUGGGUCACCCCAAACGCCGUGUCACCGACAUCUUCCUCGCGCUGAACACCUUUCUGUUCGUCCUGAAUUGGCUGCUCAAGGAUUCGAUCAACCUGUGGGGCGUCAAGUGCUCCCCCCUGAUCAACCAGGGCGAGCUUCACCGCCUGCUGACCCCCAUGUUCCUGCACCUCAACCCCUUCCACUUGGCGGUUAACCUCCAAGCCCUCAACGAGGUCGGGCCCUAUGUGGAACUGACCUCCGGACAUGCACGUACGGCAGUUAUCUACUUGGCAUCGGGCCUCGCCGCCACGCUGGCCUCCCACCUCCUCAACCCCGCCGCCACCUCCCUGGGGGCAAGCGGGGCGGUGUACGGACUGGGGGCGGCACUGGCGCUGUUCUUCAUGCGCCACCGCCAGACGUUCGGCGAGCGCGCGUGCGACAGCGGGCUGCGAUCGCUGGGUCUGGCGGCGGCCGUGAACGCGGUGUACGCGGCAGCCAACAAGCGGCUGGACAACUGGGGCCACCUGGGCGGUUUCCUGGCGGGUGGGGUGCUGGCCGCCUGCCUGGGGCCGCGGUACACCACCUUCCGCUCGGAGGAGGAGGGGGGAGUGAUGGGGCUGCAGGACCAGCCCCCUCUGCCCUGGCUGGCUAGGCGCGAGCCCAUCGUUCCCGCACCUGCUGCGGCCGCGGUGCUGCCGGCUGCUAGGCGGCGGAUGCGGCAGUCGCCCGGACGCAAGGAGGCGCCUGGGGAAGGGAGCCGUGAGGAUGUAGGGAGCGGGAGACGUGGAGGGAGCGGAGGAGGUGGAGUUGGUCCCGCCGGUGGAAGUGGCGGGACGUGAGCUUAGGUGAUAACGGUGUAAAAAUAAAGUAGCCGGUUGGAAUGGCGUUGCUGUUUGCUUGUUUAGAGCGGUGGCCGGCUUAUCCCAUAGCCGUGCUUGGGCACUGUUAGCGGCUGCUAUUGACAGCGCCAGUUCGGUAAAGGCGGGGAGGUACGGGGCAAGGAGGGGGUGAUACCUGAUGAUGUUUCGUACUGUAGUCAGAUGUGUUGGGGCAGUAAGCAUCAGAAGGAAGUUUCGUCGUCAAGAAGCGUGUUGCCGCUGGGUGCCAGUGGGUACGCUGCAGGACAACACAACGAGACCAGGGGCAAGGCAGCAGCUGAUACUCGUACAACCGUGUUAACUGUCGCUGGCAUGUUACAGCGUCUUCCCCUCUGUGCCUAAGGGCUGUUUUACAUAUCUAUACGUGAUUUACCUCAUGUAACUUAGCAACUCCGCGCCAUGUCGACGGAAUUCCUUGAUGUCUUCUUUCCACAUACUUCGCAGUGGCUGCGCAGCAAGCGUUCCCAUAUCUUUACACAGUUGUUCCCUCCUGAUCUGCAAGAAGUAUGCUUUAAGCCUACGCUGGAGGUCCCCGAGUCUUUGGCGGGCAAGCAUAUGGUCAUAAGUUGGCCAACCUUGGUGCCUGUGGUGUUGCUUGGCAUCGCUUUGGGCGUGACCGGAUGCGUGAGCUUGUCGGCAAGGGCUCAGCACAAGAGCCGCAUAGAUCGCUCGCUGUUUGCAUGGCCACUGGCCAUGGCCUUCUACGCGCUCAUGAACCUUGCUGCGCUGUUCAGCCACUGCCUGCUGCCCCGCUCCAGCUCCUGGCAGCACCUCGCCAUCUCAGCUGACGUGGCGGCCACCGGCUGCUGCUCCUUCUGCGCCCUGUGCGCCUGCAUGGGUAACGAUCUGGCUGCUUGCGGCGGGUGGUGUGGCGGGGAUGGCGGUAACAGCAGUGGCGGCGGUGGCCGGCGGGAUGCGGCUGGCAGGCUUGUGGUGGUGGUGGGAGUGGGCGCCAUCAUGACUGCUGCGUUCUUGGGCUCCCACAUUCCCUUCAUGCCCGAGCUCCUCUACAUUGGCAUCACAGUGCUCUCAGCCGCAGUCGUGGGCCGACACCUCACCUCCAGGCAACGCCAACGCCGACUGUCGUACCCGCAGCAGCUGAAUUUCCACCAGCAGCCCCAACAAUGGCAGCAGCUGCAGCAGCGGCUACACAUGCAGCAGGGAAGGUACCUUGUGCUGCUGCUCUCCGGGGCCCUUCUAGCGCUAAGUGGGGUUCCGUUGGACGCCACGCUGUGUCGGUUGUUGGGUAACGGUCACGUCAACCAUGUGACGUUGCUGUUCGCCGGUUGCCACGUCAUGAUCCUGGCGCUGUACUUGUACGUCAGGGCGGAAGUACGGGUGAUGCGGUUGGUGCAGUACGACAAUGACAGCGACGACUGCUACAGAAGCAGCAGCAGCUACAGCUGCAGUAACCCCGCCGGGAAUGGGGUCUCGGUGGAGGUUAGCUUGGGUGGGAUGCCGUCGUUUAGCGGCACGGGUGUGCGGCAGCGGGGGAUGGGCAAGUAGCAGAACGUCGCGCAGGCCAUGCGGCACUGCCGCCACUGCUGUGGGAACGGCAGCAACAACAACCUGCAGGCUUCGACUGCUGUUUGGCAUGUGGGUGUUGCGUGCCUGGACAGCGAGGCGCAUGUGCAUCUCCUUGAGGGGUGACACCUUAGACGCCAAGGUUAACCGGGCUUGAUUGUGAGGGCUCACAGGUCGAGCCGGAGUACGGUAUCAGUGACAUCAAUUGGAGCGGUACGCAUCAUUUGCUGCAGUGGCACAGGUGCCGGUGUGUACAUGGUCUCUACGUAACACUCUCACGCCGGUUUUACAUCAAUGUGAUCAAUCUGGAUAUUUGCUUCACUGUUGGCCGUUUGAUGUGUGCAGUUUGCAGAAGCUCCUCUUUGACAUGUGCAAGCUUGGUUAGGUUGAUCAAAAUUGGUGACAAUCCUUGGGCCCAGAGCAUGUAUAAUCUCUAGCUACGUAGCUAGAGGGUUGUUCCCGACGACCGACGUUUCUUCGCAGCCGCAGCGGUUAGUGUGAUUGUGAGGCACAUCUUUUCUGUUUUAUCCGUUCUCUUCAUUCUUCGUGAUGCAUUGUAUAUAUGCAUUGUAUAAGCCGCUUCAGCACGACCCUAGUACUGCUUAAUACGACGGCGUUGUGCGGGUUGCAUCCAAGGGAUGAGCGUUUUGCAGCGUUGUAGCAUAAAGUGGUUCGCUACGCAGGCGUAUGGAGAGCCUCGCUUGUUUUCAGGAUGGGGGCCUUAAGGAUAGGUGGGCUGGACCGGGUUCGGCACGCAGGGCGGG